AAGGCCAACCAAUUAACAAAGAAACACUCUUCAGUCUAUCUCCUCACCUCUUUCUUAUUCACCACUUUAGCUAAACCUCAGCUCGACUGUACCAACAAACAUUUUUAAAACUUCACUCUUCUCUCUCUUUCAACUCUCAUUUUCAUAAAUCUGUUAUCUCAUCAUUUCAUUUUCUUUCAAUGGAGUCCUCCGCCAUUCUCCGAUCUUUCAACUAUUCUAUAGGUACCGUUUCAAAAGUGAGAUCGCUGCUUGAGAGACCUGCAAUGGUGUCUAUUCAAAAUAGUUGCUGGCACUUCUCGAGUAAAUCACACAAACUUGCUGCUUCUGCGGUGAAGCGAUACAAGACAGUUGUAUUAAGUGCAAAGACAUCUGAAGCUACUGUAGCAGCCACGUCUGACAUUUCAUCUGAGAGUGCUACUCAAAGCUCUCCGGAGAAAAAUGCCCUGCACACCUUCCCAAGUGCAUUUGAGGCAUUGGUACUGGAGGUCUGUGAAAAGACAGAGAUUGCUGAGCUGAAAUUGAAGGUUAGAGACUUUGAAAUGCAUCUGAAGCGGAAUGUUGGAGCCACUAAAGCUCCCUUGUCAAACCUUCCACCUACAACACCACCACCUAUUCCAACUAAACCCAUGGAUGUAUCAGCUCCUGUGGCUGCACCAUCGACACCACCAAAACCCUCUGAAGAAAAAGCCAGUGCUUUUGCUAAUGUGUCUUUUGGAAAGUCACCAAAAUUAGCAGCCUUGGAGGCUUCUGGAUCAAAUGAUUAUGUUCUAGUAUCUUCUCCAACGGUUGGUUCAUUCCGGAGGAACAGAACAGUGAAAGGAAAGAAGCAACGUCCCAUCUGUAAAGAGGGGGAUGUGAUUAAAGAAGGACAAGUGAUAGGAUACUUGGAUCAGUUUGGUACUGAACUUCCAGUGAAGUCAGACGUGGCUGGAAAAGUCUUGAAGCUCCUCUUUAAUGAUGGAGCAAUUAUUGGCGAAUUGUGCCUCUUUGGAUAUGAAGCUGAUCUAGUUAUCUGAUUUUCACCUUGUUACAGAGGCUGUUGGUUAUGGUGAUCCUCUCAUUGCUGUCUCGCCAUCAUUUCAUGGCAUUAAGUGAGCUUUCUCUCCUAUGAAGAGCAUUUUUGCAGUCUUUGUUGUUUGAGAGUUGAGACCGCCAAGGUUCACCGUUCGUUUUAAGUCCUUGCACAUUUUUCCAUAGUUCGCUUUUUUCGGUUUGUUCAAUCAGAAGACAUGAGUGUAAUUGGUUACAUGAACUAGACCUCAAUGGGUCAAUCAAAAUUAGUUGCAGAUCCUGGAAUAAUAGAUUGAGAAGAAAUUUGUCCUUUGUGUUA